ACAUGGGUGCUGAUCAUAAUCCAGGACAAAACAAUGGAGAUGUGUUGGCUGUAACUGGACAUCGUUUGUGGCCAGCUUUUGAUCUAUAUUGUCCAACUCAAAGGCCCCUCUACCAUGUUACUAGAGCCUCGCCGGGCAACCGGAAGUACCCAAUGGUAAAGAUGUCUUUGCCUUCCAAAUGGGCAACUACAGAUGGGUGUGCUGAAACUGUAGUAAAGUUGGAUGAAGUGUAUAAUUUUGUUGAAAGAAAAAGGAUAAGUUCUUCUGGGAAGCAUAAACGAAAAACUGUAGAAAUGGGUAGACGAAGUUUUCAAAGUCAGUUAGAGAUGUCAAGACCGCAGUCUUGUAUAAGUCAGUUCAACAAACCGCGACAGCUUACAAAUAAACCGAUCUUACUUAAACGAUCCACAAUGGAUAGUAUCCCCAUGGAUACUUUACACGAUAAUCAUUAUCGCCCUCAUAGUGUUGCCGAAUCAGAAGUAUCGUCAAUUGUCCAGAACCAUUGCUGUGAGCUAAUGGGCCCUACAGUCUGUACAUCGUGUAGUAAAAGGAAUACUAUAUUAAUCAACAGGGCACAAAACCAGGUUUUUUUUACAAAUUAUAAAAUGACGACAGAGAAUAUAGCUACCAUCACCAUGGUAAAGCGGGUUUUACCUCACCUUUCUACCAGAGAAAUACAACAUAAACUUGACAAUGGCGUGAUAUCUUACCCGACAUCGGUCCAUUCUAAACACGCUGACAAAUAUCAGACAGAGAGCGAAACACCUGAUGAAACACACGAUGAACAAAUUAAAAUACCACCGUUAGAUUUAUUUAAGCUUCGAUGCCAAGAAAUCAAGAGAAAAACCACAACCCCCAUGUUUUUCAACAGUAUUCGACAGUUAAAUCAGAAAAUAGUUUCUGGAACAGUCGAUAAAGAUAUCGGACGCUUUUGUCCGAUAAAAAAAGAGAUCAAACGUUCAGAGAGUCCAUUCCCUGUGUUCGUCAGUCCUAAGAAGAACAGCAUCCAAGAACCAUCGUACAAAGCUUACUUUGAUCCCCCAUUGCUGGAGAAGGAGAACCAGACAGACCCCUUCGCGCCAUCUCCGCAUCAGAAUGUUGAAGACGACGCCAUGUUGAAGCAACAACCAAAACGACUAGAUUCAGAUUCAGAAGAUGACUUCUUGCAUGAUUAUUUGAACACUGCUCGAUUGGACGAAGGAGCAGAGGAAUCCACGGAAAAGAAACCGUUCGACCCACCUCUACUUCCCAAAGAAAAUCAGAUCGAGGAACCGUCAUUUUUUGCAGGCUCUGUGAUACCGUAUACUUUACCCGAAAGAGCACCAGAUAAACUUGGUAGUUGUUUUGAUCUGAGUCGUAUCCACGGUGAAUCAACGUCUAGUGAUAGUGAAAAUGACGCUUGAAUACAACUUUGUGUUAUAACUUUGCUUGGGAAAGAUGGCAAAUAGUAACCUUUGUGAUACAUUAUACUUUACCCGAAAGAGAGAGAGAGAGAGAGAGAGAAAUGGGGUUUAACGUACACUCGACACAAACUAGGUCAUUUCGGGACUAACAUUUGGUUGAAUUUUAUUUCCAUAAUUCGCUUGCGCGUAGGGGUCUUUAGCAGUGGGAGGAAACUGGAGGACGCGGAGAAAACCCACGAGGUUGGACAGGCGACCCUACUCCUUGUCACGUACAACCAGGGAAUCGAAACCACGCCAGUUGACUCAAUGACAGACUUUAUGAUACAGCGCGCACGUGCUAAUCAUUCAGCCAUCCAACCCCCCUUUACCCGAAAGAGCACCAGAUAAACUUGAAAGUUGAUCUGAGUCGUAGUCGUAUCCACGGUGAAUCAACGUCUAGUGAUAGUGAAAAUGUCGCUUAAAUACAACUUUGUGUUAUAACCAUGGGAAAGACGGCAAAUAGUAACCUUUGUGGAAUCUUCGGACGAUUGAACUAUAAUCUGUAUUAAAAUCAUAUGAACUGUAAUUGUGCUGCGUGGAGAUUGUAAAUGGACACUGCACCCAUUUUUUGUCGCAAUGUAGAAUUGUUUACAACAUGUACCUUCUCUUUAUGUUUAUUUUGUUUAAGCCUCAAAGGUUUCGUCUUUUUUCAAAAUGAAUAUACAGAACAUAUUGGAUAUUUUCUGAAAGGGAUUUUCAAUGUGUCAUAUUUUUGUUCAACAAGUAAUUAUUAGAAUACAUAUAUUAUUCACUGUUUCAAAUCCCGACAAAAACGAACCCUCAAAACUAAACUUGAAAGUUGAUCAUCACAGACAUUUUUAGUCUGCCGCUUAAAGUGACUAUCUACUUAGUUCUCAAGAGGAGCUAAUUGUAGACAGACGGUCAUGUGUCGUAGGCGAGGUGGGUAAUACUAUAUAAUGGAUUUAAUAAUUAUGUAUGUGCAACAAAGAAAAUAUGGAUAUUAA